AUGCCCGUGGAUGGCAGUUCAAAUAGUCACCGAGCAUUCAAUUGGUUCCUCAAAUACGACUAUCGCAAAAGUGACUUUAUCAUCUUCUUACACGUUUUACAAUCCAAAUCCUCUAGCAGCUGCAAUACUGUUAUGGCCUUGGAUAACUUGGUUAACAUACCAGUGCAAAGCGACUCGGAACCUGUCAGCAACGGCGACGCAGUGUUAGAGAAAUUCCGGAAAUUGGCGGAGCAGGCAGGUGUGAACUUUACGGUUGAGGCCCUGAAUGACUCCUCGGUUGCAGAGGCCAUACUGCGUCUAGCGUCUGAUCUCGAUGCCAACUUCAUCGUUGUGGGUUCACGUGGUGUCAGUGGUGUACGGCGUGCAACCCUUGGUAGCGUCUCCCACUAUCUUGUCACGCACUCCUCCGUGCCUGUGCUCGUAGUUCCGUCAUCGAGCAGCAGUCGCUCUUUCACCAGCGCAUAA